UCAGUAUCUCACUUCUCACCAUCUGCAGCUCCGGCUGUUGCUCUCGCUCAACUGACAACUAUAACUGUUUACUUUACUCGACUCGAAUCGUUAUUUUUUGAGAAACAAAUAAAAAAUUGUAAAUAACUUUUGUUUUGAUAUUAUUUUUAAGUAGUGUUUGUUAAAAGUUAUAACUUUAUUAAUUAAUUAUGCCGAAAACAAGUAAAGCGGUUAGUUUAAAACAAAAAUGUGAUCUGAUUGCGGCGGUUAGAGCGGAGAAAUCUUUAUACGACCCAAGGAAAAGUCACUUUAAGCCGAGGAAUGGUUUAUGGAGUCAAGUAGCUGCACAGUGUGGAAUGAAGAAAGGUAAUCAAGGUCUGGUGGCAAAAUUGUUGUGGAAAAGAAUAUACGAAGCUUACCUUGACUUUCGGGAAGACCCUGAAACCAAUAAGCAUAAGGCAAAUUUUGAACUGUUUAAACGUAUGAAAUUUAUCGAUCAAUAUUUAGUAAAAGACAAAGAUCAACCUCCUUCGCCGUCUCCUAUUACCGUUCCCGUCCCCCUUCCCAUCCAAACCUCCACAGACAAAUCCACAUCAUCUGUAACCAAUUCCGAAAGUGUCCAAAUUAAAGAAGAAGAAAAUGAAGUCGUCGUCGGUGGAGAUGAAGUUCAAUCCUCAAAUGCAACAAAUAUAAACGAAACAACAACAAAUGGAGAAUUUACAACAAUCCAAUAUUGGAAUGACACUAUUGAAGAUACUAAUUCUACAAAUUUAAAUCAGCACGAAACAAAUGCAUCAACAGUCCAACCACAACAAACUCCAACACUUAAUUCUGCUUGCUCAGAAUCUGGUUCAGGAUCAGGCAUAGAAAGUUAUGAAGAUAUUCUCCUGCCUGACGCUAUGAACAACAACGGAACCCUUGACAAUAGUUUGAAAAUGUUUUUUGACGCAAUGUAUGCAUCAACAAGUCAAAUGCCGCAAGUUUUUCAACGUAUAGUUAAGAGUAAAAUUUUUGCAGCCGUUCUCGAAGCAGAGGGAGAAGCCGAAAAGCAUAAGACUAGUUCAUCAAUCUCGACAAGUUGAAAUUAUUAACUUAUUUUUUAUAAUUUACCAACAACCGUAAUUCAAUAAUCAUUGUUUGAAUUUUU